AUGCCGGCAGACGACCGUCAGAGACUGCGGCGGCUCGUGGAGGCCACGUGCCAUUCUAGGAGAGUAGAGGUUACUGGGUUGCAGCACACUGUUACUUCCAAUAAAGUGACUUAUAGGUGGUCUCCUCCACCUACUGAUUGGUUUAAGCUUAAUUGUGAUGGAUCCUUAUUCUUUGAUCAAAACAAAACUGGUAUCGGGGCAAUUCUUAGAGAUUUCUAUGGUUCUAUUAUCAUGGCUCUAAGUAGAGGGGAAGAGGAAUUUCUUGAACCAGAAAUUGUGGAAGCUACUGCUGUUUUGAGGGGAUUGCAAUUUUGUCUGAACACUGGCAUCCAAAACCUUAUGAUUGAAAGUGAAUGCUUUGGGAACUGCAAGAUUCAGCAUUGUGGUCGACUCUCUAAUGCUGCUGCACAUAAUCUGGCCAGACAUGCAUGGACUAAUUCACAAAUGCAGCUUUGGUGGCAUUUUGUUCCUACUUUUAUUGAACAUGUUAUUUAUGUUGAUCAGUUAUCUUGUACUCAGAUUUGA